AUGGCUGCUGCCCAAGUGAUAUCGAAUUCUGGUCACGAUGACAUGAUCCACGAUGCCGGCCUUGAUUAUUAUGGCCGCCGAUUGGCGACAUGCUCAUCCGACAAGACAAUAAAGAUAUUCGAGAUCGAAGGUGAGGCGCAUAAACUUAUUGAGACCUUGAAAGGCCAUGAGGGUCCAGUAUGGUGUGUCGAAUGGGCACACCCCAAAUUCGGCACAAUUCUCGCAUCUUCGUCCUACGAUGGAAAAGUCCUCAUCUGGCGCGAGCAGCACCAAAGCUCCACUGCCCCUAUCGGCAGCGGUGCUUGGACGAAAGUCUUCGACUUCUCUCUUCACACCGCUUCCGUGAACAUGAUUUCCUGGGCUCCUCAUGAAACCGGAUGUUUGCUCGCCUGCGCUUCGUCCGAUGGUCAUGUCUCUGUGCUUGAGUUCCGCGAUAACAGCUGGACGCACCAGAUUUUCCAUGCCCACGGCAUGGGUGUCAACUCUAUUAGCUGGGCACCUGCCGCCGCCCCUGGUAGUCUUGUUAGCUCAAACCCUGGACCUGGGCAACAGCGGCGAUUUGUAACGGGUGGCAGUGAUAAUCUACUCAAGAUUUGGGAUUACAACCCCGACACAAAGACUUACAGUCCCACCCAGACACUGGAAGGGCAUUCUGAUUGGGUUCGUGACGUUGCUUGGUCCCCUAGCAUCCUCUCUAAGUCAUAUAUCGCGUCUGCAUCACAGGACAAGACUGUUCGAGUCUGGACUGCGGAUACGUCAAACUCUUCUCAGUGGACGAGCCAGGUGCUUGAAUUCGAUAAUGUUGUCUGGCGGGUGAGCUGGAGCCCUAGUGGAAACAUUCUUGCUGUGAGUGGCGGAGAUAACAAGGUUAGCUUGUGGAAGGAGAACCUGCGGGGACAAUGGGAGAAGGUAAAAGACAUCGAGGAAUGA